AUGAUUUUUAAAACAUUAGAUGCCGGUAUUCAAUUCUACAACAAUUAUGCUGCCAAAGUCGGGUUUGACACGAGGUCUAGUUCCCUCACUACAGCACGCGACGGGAUGAAAAUUCAAAAGCAAAUCAUUUGCAAUAAAGAGGGAUUUAAGAAUACGGGUGCUCAACAUUGUCACUCAAAACCAACUGCAGAUGCGGGGGAAGGUCCUUCGCGUCCAAAGCGGCGGAGGGUUUCAAACAUAACUGGUUGCAGAACUAGGAUUAUUUUUAAGUACAUUGGAGCAGCUGGGUACCAAGUUAAGACAUUUAUUGAAAAACACAAUCACAGCAUGUCUUCUGUUCUUGCAAGGCAGUUCCUAAAGGGAAAUAGAAACAUCUCCAGUGUUCAUCAGAAGUUUAUACUAGAUUGUGCUAAGGCAAACAUUGGAGCAUCAAAAUCACACGGUCUAUACAGUCAGAUUGUGGGGGAUUACUCUGAAGUUGGGGCCACUGUAGUGGACUUUAAAAAUGUCAGAAGGGAUCUCAGAGCAUACAUAUUGGGUGUUGAUGCACAAAUACUCGUGCAUAAUCUUAUUAAAAAAAAACAAGAGAUGUGCCCUGCAUUUGCUUUUGACUACGAAGUUGAUGAAGAUGAGCAGAUGAGUAGACUGUUUUGGGCAGAUCCAAUGUCAAAAAAGAAUUUUGCUGCAUUUGGAGAUGUUAUCUCUUUUGAUGCCACAUAUUCAACCAACAGGUACGAUCUGGUUGAUAACCAUAAAAAAUGCAAUGGGUAUGGAACCAAGAAUAAUUGUCACCGAUCAAGAUCCAGCUAUGAAAGUGGCGAUUCCAAGAGUUUUCAAGCAAGCCAGGCAUCGCUACUGCAUGGCUACUGCAUGUGGCACAUUAUGUGUAAAGUUGGGGAAAAGGUGGGUCCUACGUUGAACAAGAAUGAUGAGUUCAAGAACAAACUGAACUCAAUCGUUUGGAAGUCAUCUUUGGAACCUCCUGAUUUUGAGAAACAGUGGAGAGAGCCCAUGGAAAAGUACAACUUAGUCGAACACAAUUGGUUUAGAACUAUGGGGGGUCUACUCAGGACAACGUCUCGUUCCGAAAGUGAGAACUACACGUACAGCCGUUUUACUGGCCCACAGUCUAGCCUAGUUGAAUUCAUGAUGAACUUUGACAGUGCUCUUAAAUCACAAUGUAACACAAAUGCAAAGCUCAACAGUGACAAUGAAGGCUAUAAUCCAGAUAUGAAGACGCCUAUGGGGAUCGAAAAACACGCUUCAAUCGUCUACACCAUUACUGUUUUCUAUCAAGUUCAGGAAGAAAUAUGUGCCUCCUGUUUCAAAUGUAUGGUGUUGAGUGUUAGAGAAGAUGGUGGAAUGUUGCACUAUUAUAUUAUGGAUGGAAAGAACAAAAUAUUUAGUGUGGUGCACAAUGUAAAUGACCAUGAGGCCAAAUGCAGUUGCAAGAUGUUUGAGAUGGUUGGACUGUUGUGUAGACACAUAUUUGUGGUCUUUAGAGACCUUGAAAAGAUCCCUCUGAGGUAUGUGGUUAAUCGGUGGACUAAGGAUGCAUCUUUAAAGGCUACAUUUGAAAUAGAUGGUGUCAUUUAUGAUCAGAAUGGACCAAAUGAUGAAAAGAAGAUGAUGCUGAACAAACUGUGGGCAGAUGUACACUGUUGUAUUGAUCUAGCAGGUUCAAACAUGGAGCAAUUGGCUGCAUUUUCGCAAGUGAUUAAUGAACCGAAACAGGUGCUAAUGUCAGGAAAGGAAAAGUUAGUGUAA